UCUUGUUCAUCCCUUGUAGCUGCUGAUCUCCUGUUUCAUCAACCUUCUCUCCAGUCAUCAUCAAUUCUCUGGUAAAACACUUGGCUUUCUCUUUUCUCUCAUUCACAUUAAUUAUAAUCUUGCUUGCAGAAUGAUAUGAAAUGUCAGUCAAAUAGUACUAAACUUGAAGGAGAAAACUAAACUUGAAAAGAUCAGCUUCUUAUUGAUCAGGGCAUGGAUAACAGCAUGCAAGAGAGACUGCUAAGCACUGCAGCGGAGGAAAAAAGUGACUUGAAGGGAAGGAUUUGGGAAGAAUCUAAGAAAAUAUGGAGGGUUGCAUUGCCAGGUGUUAUUGCAAGGGUGGCUUCAUUUGGAACGAUAGUCGUGACUCAGUCGUUUGUUGGACAUAUAAGCUCACUGGAUCUUGCUGCAUACGCCCUCGUUCAGACCAUAAGUGAGCGUUUCGUGGAUGGAAUAGUGAUUGGAAUGUCGAGUGCAACGGAAACUCUCUGUGGCCAAGCCUAUGGAGCAAAACAGUACCACAUGAUGGGUAUUUUCCUGCAACGAUCAUGGUUGGUUGAUCUAGCCACAGUAACAGUCUUACUUCCCAUUUUCAUCUUUGGAACACCGAUCUUUGAUCUACUCGGGGAGAAACACGACAUCGCUGAAUCCGCAGGACGCGUUUCUCUGUGGUUCAUUCUAUAUGUCUACAGUAUUGCUUUCUCCAUGACAAUCCAAAUGUAUCUGCAAGCACAGCAGAAAAACAUGGUCAUCGCGUGGCUAUCAGCUAUGCAGUUUAUCGUCCACAUUCCCUUGUCUUGGCUUUUUGUCUAUAUUCUGGGUUGGGGGACUAAUGGAGCAAUGGCUGCACUAUCCAUAUCUUCAUGGCUUUUGGUUUGUGGAGAGUUUGUGUACAUUUUCGGGGGUUGGUGCACUGACUCAUGGAAAGGCUUCUCUUUUGCCGCCUUCAAGGACAUAUUUCCUGUAGUGAAACUCUCAAUAUCGUCUGGUCUUAUGGUCUGCUUGGAGUUAUGGUACUAUGCCAUUCUGGUCUUACUGGCUGGAUACAUGAAAAAUGCAGAGGCUUCCAUAUCCGCCUUCUCUAUAUGCCUCAAUGUCCUUGCUUGGAUAUUCAUGAUCAUUAUUGGCAUCAUGGGGUCUGCAACGGUACGAGUAGCAAAUGAGCUAGGCAAAGGAGAUGCUAAGGCUACAAAGUUCUCAAUCAAAGUACUAAUAAGCACAUCAGUUAUGAUAGGGCUGUUGUUCUGGAUUCUUUGCUUGGUAUUUGGGAACAAACUUGGAUACUUGUUCACGAACGAAGAGGAAGUGGCGCAGACCGUGUCGGACCUCUCUCUUCUCCUCGCUUUCUCAGUUUUGCUCAGCAGCAUAUACCCUGUGCUCUCAGGCGUGGCGGUGGGAGCAGGGCUGCAGACGAAAGCCGCGAUUAUUAACCUUGUAUGCUUCUAUGUAAUUGGACUACCAAUUGGAGCAGUUCUUGGAUAUGUAUUUCAACUUCAAGUGAAGGGAAUAUGGCUAGGAAUGAUCAGUGGAGUUGUUGCUGAAACACUUGCACUUAGCUUCAUGAUAUGGAGAACAAACUGGGAUGAAGAGGUAUCGAUAACUUUAGCACGACUCAAACGAUGGUACCUGGAAUCCUCAAAGGACAAUAAGACUAGUCCCAUUCAUUCUUGACUUGAAAUAACAUCGCCUUUUGCAUCUGUGAAUGUGAGGGUUAUUGAGUGAUUGGAAAUGCAUUGCGAACAACUUAGCAGGAAAAAAAAAAAAGAAUUGAAUAAGCUAAGAUUAAAUACUUGCACAUUGUUGUUGGAUGGUGGUUGGCUAGUUGCAGCUCUUUGUUCAGGUUGUGGACGCAUCUAAAUCAGUACUAUUUGAUUAAGUUACAGGUGGAAUAUUAUGAAUGAAACCAAAGGAAAAGUACUAUACAUCUACUUACGUGAAAUGGUGAAUUGAAUUUUGUAGACCUUGGUGGCAUAGAAGUUGGCCUUUGCAUUGAUAUUGUAGGUUGAGUAAAGGAUGUCCUUCUUAAACUUUGAAAAACUCCUUGCAUCUAUAUGAUAUGAUAAUUGAUGUUGUAGGUUGAGUAAAUGAUGGCUUUUCAUAUGUUUUUCAAGAUAUGAUAAUUGUAACAAAUCUAU